UCAACACAGAUCUGUAACCAUUUUAUCACUUUCACAUCGUUUACACUCCCCUUGGUGGGAAACGAACCAAAAACUGUUUUUAUGUAUAUUUUUCGGUAGUGCUUUUGUAAAUUGUUUUAUAAGUGUUUUUAUUGGAUUUUCAUCAUCCCGGUCUGGAUAGAGUAUGUACGAGUGCAGUCGCUGCGGUCAUCAAAGAAGCAACUUAAAUCUUCGCGCCGACGAACAGUUCCAAUCCGCUGGAGAGGAUUACAUAGAGGGCGCCUCCAGCUGGUGCAACUCCUGCGGGGAACUGACCUUCUUUAUAAAGAGCCACGUUGACACUAAUUUCGUUCAGCCACUUAUUACCAAUAGUGUGGACUCCAUCGAUUCGGUUCCAUUUAAGGGAUCAGCUGCUUUCUUUAGAGGUGUUCUCCAUCCUCGUACGAUUAUCCAGAACAAACAGGCCGCCAGUCUGGCUAACCAUCUGAAUAACUGGGCCGUCGAGGCCAUGGAUCCUCCGAAAGGCGGGGGAUCCUUCACUACUCUGCCCAACAGACAUGGCCUUUUCAGCCGGAAUCAACGUAGUCAAGAAGAGGAUGGACCCCCGCCACCCAUAACUCCACUCAAUGUGAUUUCUACAUUGAGUCCGCGUUCCCAGAGCGAUGAUGAGAAAACCAUUCGCAACUCAAGUCCUGUAAGAGCGGAGAAAAGAAACCCAUCUUUGGCCCGAAGUCGGAAAUCGGAGCAGGUCAAGGGUAUCGAGCUCUUGCGUUCCACGCCGCCCAGUCAUCUGAGCCCAGAAUUGCCACGCGAACAAGAUCGACGUCUUUCACCGGUUAAUCCGUAUACCAAAACCUUUAAGAAUCGAGUCAAGACGAGUCAAGAACCUGCUACCUCCACUAAACCCAAAUUUAGUACGGAUCAAGACGCAGGAAUUCCUCGUCCGGGUAUUUCCCUUAAAGAGGUAAAGAAAAUGAAGCGUCGCUAUGCUACUAAUGAUUUCUCCGGACCGGAGACCUCAAACCACUCCACGGAGCGAACCUCGCCCGGCAGUUACCCAAACAGUUCAGAGACCACCAGCCAGGCUCCCAGCAAUGUGAACAUCCAGAAGAGACUCGUCGAGAAGCGGCUGCAGAUGAGAAGGUUAACCUCAAUGCGAUCGAGGCUCGAGGCGGAAUUCGAGGAGACCCAAAUGGAACUGGCUGACCUGGAGAGAAGACACCGAAGAUCGCAGUCAGGACGAAGCCUUCGAGAAAGCGGCGGGGCUCAUCUCACGUUUACACGACUUGUACACAAAAGACAAAAGGAUGAACAAAUAGAAGGCAAAAGGUUGGAAAAGAAAGAUAAGCUUGAAACCCUCCUAAAAACCCUACACGAACAGGAUUUGCCGCAUUUUAAGAGUUGGAAGGUCGAAAAGGAUCAAGAUCAGGAUCGGGAGUAUCUGGACAGCCACAAGCCCACUGCUCCGCCUCUAGAAACUGAAACAGACAGCGGGACUGAAAGCGAUGAGGACUUAGAGAUCGAGUCCAGCACAAAGAGUGCUUCAUCAAUGGAGAGAGAAAGUAAAGUAAAAAACUUUAGGAAAAUAUAUAAACCUCUGCCAUAUCAGCUGAAACAUCCGUUUGCCAAUCUUGAUACCUUCGACUUUUACAUGCCGAACGCCCACGAACCCAAGGAUAAUUUCCAGCGAUCGAAGCCAUUGAGCAAAACUCGCAGCAUCCAGGUCCUGGCGUCCUCGGCGCAGCGUGCCAGCUUCGGUGGCGUUGUCCAUGAUCCCCUGGAGGCAGUGAAGCGUAUCAAUACUCUGGAGGAUGCGAGGAAAGUCCAGCAGAAAGCCCCUGAAGCUCAUUUCUCCACGGUGGCCUGCGAGGAGAAGGAGGUGAUCAGGCUGAUCAAGAAGAAGCCGUAUGUGACCCAGCCUGAGAAAGUCAAGGAACUCGAUAUUUCACGAUCGCCAGUCCGCUGCCCCGAUUCCGAUUGCAGGCGGAUGUCCUUUGUCUCGGAUUUCAAUAGCCACCUCCUGCUCGACCACCGAUCCUUGACCAUGGAGCGGAUUAAGGCGAGGGAGACCAAGACCUUCUUUCUGGAUACGAAUACGACGCUGAUGGACCAGCCCAAAUGUCAUAUGCUUUAUAUGGUGAGGGAUAAGGUAUUCGACACCAAGGGCAGGGAACUGUGCGAUCUACUGCCCGUCCUGGUGAUGAGUGCCCGCACCCGGUUGAGGACCGUUUUGGCAUCCUUUGGAGUUCGGUCGGCACGAGCCAUUAAACGGAAGAGACCAGGCGGCGGUAAAAAGUUCUUUGUUCUCUGGCUAACCGGAUUGGUGCCGCGGAAUAUAAAACUCAUGGCGACGGUUUCGAUGUGGUCCACCCUAGGUUCUGAUUUGGCGGAUUGCGUCAGUGUUAAUACCACCCAUAUAUACGAUAUCCGGGCACCCAACGAGAUGGGUCCCAUCUGUCGCAGUCGCUGCUCUAUGAUGGUGCCCAUGAGUAUGAUCAAGCGGAUGACCGACAAAGGACGCAAAUUCCUGGCCAUCCAGGUGCAGGUCUACUGAGGAGUAGUCACAAACGAAGGCAAAAUUUUACCAGUGAUUGGAUGAUUUCACCAAAUACAAGAUACUAAUACCUUUUUUUUA